UUUUACUGAAAAACAGAAGUAAAGCACUUGAUAGUUGAUACAUCAUCAUCGAAGGAAGAGAGAAAGGAUUAGGUGACGGCGUCUCCUUCAGCGGCGGAGACAUGGAAAACGACGACGUCGAUAUGGUCGGAGCUGAAAACAACAACAACAACGAAGCUGAAUUGGAUGACAUGAAGAAACGCUUGAAGGAAAUGGAAGAUGAAGCUGCAGCUUUGCGGGAGAUGCAGGCCAAGGUUGAGAAGGAGAUGGGAUCUGUGCCAGAUCCUGCCAAUGCUUCUGCAAGUCAGACCAAUAGAGAGGAAGUGGAUUCUCGAUCAGUCUUUGUUGGCAAUGUGGAUUAUUCAUGCACUCCUGAAGAAGUGCAGCAGCAUUUCCAAUCAUGUGGAACUGUAAACCGAGUCACCAUUCGCACUGAUAAGUUUGGCCAGCCUAAGGGUUAUGCCUAUGUAGAAUUUCUUGAAGUAGAGGCUGUCCAAGAGGCUCUCGCGCUGAAUGAGUCUGAACUACAUGGGCGUCAAUUGAAGGUAAGUGGUAAGAGGACCAACGUACCAGGGAUGAAGCAAUUUCGUCCCCGCGCCCCUAACCCUUACAUGGGUUUUCGAGGCAGAGCCCUAUUUGCACCACCUCCUUUUGCCUUUGCUCCUUAUGGAUAUGGAAAGGUUCCAAGAUUCAGAAUGGGGAUGCGCUACAGCCCCUACUAUUGAGUUUCCGUUUCUGCAUAAACAGAUAUAUUGAUUAUUGGAUGGAUGGAUAUGAUUCUCUACUCCUUCAUGUUGGAUGAUGACCGAUGUUUUGGCCAUUUUGUGUGGGGAAAUUAUUGUCCGACACCUUGAUUGAGGUGGUUGGUUCUGUGAGGAUUAAACACUGACUUAACGGCAAACCUUGUAAACUUAUGGUGUUUUUUCUUCCUUUUCAUUGGUAUUCGAUAUAUGCUCAAAUGUCCUUUUGUAAAAAUGUCCAUCGUAAGUGUUCAAUGGAUAUGGUUCUCAUUUGUUUA